GACUCCGUCUCAAAAAGAAAAAAAAAAAAAAGAAGAAAUUAGAGGGGCCAUGGCCAGGCUGUGCUGGCCGUUGCUUCUGAGCAGAUUACAAGGAGGGACCGAGACAAGGACUCCUUUGUGGAGGCCCUGGCUUAGGGAGUCAAGUGACGGCUCAGCACUCACGUGGGCAGUGCCAGCCUCUAAAAGUGGGCAGGGGCACUGGCCAGAGAGUCCCAGGGAGUCCCACCAGCCUAGUGGCCAGACCUUCUGUGGGAUCACCGGAUCCACCUGGAACCCCACCUGACCCAAGCCCACCUGCUGCAGCCAAGUGCCUGGCCAUGACCAUCACCUACACGAGCCAAGUGGCUAAUGCCCGCUUAGGCUCCUUCUCCCGCCUGCUGCUGUGCUGGCGGGGCAGCAUCUACAAGCUGCUGUAUGGCGAGUUCUUCAUCUUCCUGCUCUGCUACUACAUCAUCCGCUUUAUUUAUAGGCUGGCCCUCACAGAAGAGCAACAGCUGAUGUUUGAGAAGCUGACUCUGUAUUGCGACAGCUACAUCCAGCUCAUCCCCAUUUCCUUCGUGCUGGGCUUCUACGUGACGCUGGUCGUGACCCGCUGGUGGAACCAGUACGAGAACCUGCCGUGGCCCGACCGCCUCAUGAGCUUGGUGUCGGGCUUCGUCGAAGGCAAGGACGAGCAAGGCCGGCUGCUGCGGCGCACGCUCAUCCGCUACGCCAACCUGGGCAACGUGCUCAUCUUGCGCAGCGUCAGCACCGCGGUCUACAAGCGCUUCCCCAGCGCCCAGCACCUGGUGCAAGCAGGCUUUAUGACCCCGGCAGAACACAAGCAGUUGGAGAAGCUGAGCUUACCACACAACAUGUUCUGGGUGCCCUGGGUGUGGUUUGCCAACCUGUCAAUGAAGGCGUGGCUUGGAGGUCGAAUCCGGGACCCUAUCCUGCUCCAGAGCCUGCUGAACGAGAUGAACACCUUGCGCACUCAGUGUGGACACCUGUAUGCCUACGACUGGAUUAGUAUCCCACUGGUGUAUACACAGGUGGUGACUGUGGCGGUGUACAGCUUCUUCCUGACUUGUCUAGUUGGGCGGCAGUUUCUGAACCCAGCCAAGGCCUACCCUGGCCAUGAGCUGGACCUCGUUGUGCCCGUCUUCACAUUCCUGCAGUUCUUCUUCUAUGUUGGCUGGUUGAAGGUGGCAGAGCAGCUCAUCAACCCGUUUGGAGAGGACGAUGAUGAUUUUGAGACCAACUGGAUUGUCGACAGGAAUUUGCAGGUGUCCCUGCUGGCUGUGGAUGAGAUGCACCAGGACCUGCCUCGGAUGGAGCCAGACAUGUACUGGAAUGAGCCUGAGCCACACCCCCCCUACACAGCUGCUUCCGCCCAGUUCCGUCGAGCCUCCUUUAUGGGCUCCACCUUCAACAUCAGCCUGAACAAAGAGGAGAUGGAGUUUCAGCCCAAUCAGGAGGACAAAGAGGACGCUCACACUGGCAUCAUUGGCCGCUUCCUAGGGCUGCAGUCCCAUGAUCACCAUCCUCCCGGGGCAAACUCAAGGACCAAACUACUGUGGCCCAAGAGGGAAUCCCUUCUCCACGAGGGCCUGCCCAAAAACCACAAGGCAGUCAAACAGAACGUUAGGGGCCUGGAAGACAACAAGGCCUGGAAGCUUAAGGCUGUAGAUGCCUUCAAGUCUGCCCCACUGUAUCAGAGGCCAGGCUACUACAGUGCCCCACAGACGCCCCUCAGCCCCACUCCCAUGUUCUUCCCCCCAGAACCAUCAGUGCUGUCAAAGCUUCACAGUGUCACAGGCAUAGACACCAAAGACAAAAGCCUAAAGACUGUGAGUUCUGGGGCCAAGAACAGUUCUGAAUUGCUCUCAGGGAGCGAUGGGGCCUUGAUGGAGCACCCAGAAGUAUCUCACGUGAGGAGGAAAACCGUGGAGUUUAACCUGACGGAUAUGCCAGAGAUCCCCGAAAAUCAUCUCAAAGAACCUUUGGAACUAUCAACAACCAACAUACAUGCUACACUAAAAGAUCACGUGGAUCCUUAUUGGGCCUUGGAAAACAGGGAUGAAGCACAUUCCUAACGUGCUUCCCAACGGGGAUGCUUCGCCAGCCAGGUCCUCUCCGGUGUGUACACCAGCAGGACACCGAUCCAGUCACAGCCAUACAGCUGUCCACACUGAAGAACAUGUCCUAUGACAGCCUGAAUCAAAUGGUUAGUUUAAUAGAUAAAAUCAGCAGUCCAGGACUACUUCAGCCUUUAAUGCCUUUCAUUCAUAAAAAUUAUGAAAGCUAGACUGAACCAUCGGAAACAUUUAGCUCAGACACUGGAUUGAGAGUCAGGAACCCUUAAUCCUGUCUGAAUCCAAGACAGCCAUACCUCAGUAUACUGCCCAAACUAAGGCGUUUAAUAAAUACAAAUACUCUGUUUC